ACUUUCCACGUUUGCCGACUGAUGGACCGCGGCGGACCCUGCUGGUAUGCCAGUUCCUCCUCCUCCUCGCUGCUGCAGUAACGAGUAUGCUCAGCAGCAGCAGCAGCAGGAGGCGCUCACAAUUACCGCCUUGUUUGUGUGGUGUGGUCGUCCUCUCUCCUCCUUGUGCACGCCACGUGUCAAGUCACUCUACGGUAGGGGGCCAAGUCAGUGGGAUCUGGAGCGGACUCUGACGGAAAUCCGAUGGCGAUGGAAAGAAAGACGAUGGAUGACGAUUCAGAAGGAAGGUUGUACUGUAUGGACAACAUUCAGCACAAUCAGCGUAUUGUAUAUUACAGCCGGAUGUUUUUGUCGAUUGUGGGAGGGUGUGUGACAGGCAUUCUAGGGCUGACAGGGAUUGGCGGGAUCCUGUGCUACUUCAUCACAAUGGCAAUUGCUACGCUUGCUCUGUUCGUGAAGACAGGCUUCUCUGUGGACGCAUACUUUGUUUCUUGGUAUGCGUUGGGAUUGGACGGCAUAUUUUCGGGUGUGAUGUCCUUUUUCUUAUUCUGGACUUUGGUUUACGACAUCGUCCACAUUUUCUGAGGAAGGGGAAGCGGUGAGAGAUUGAGAGCAAUGUUUUUGUGACAAGUGAGGCGUAGGUUCCAUUCAUCGGAAGAGAGAGUCCACUGGAGCUACACGUGUUUUUUUUCCUUCUUCUUUUCGCUGCUCUCUCUCUCUCUCUCUCUCUCUCUCUCUCUGGGGCUGUGGUCACCUAAUGUUUCAACGCGUAUGCAAUUUUUUUUUUUUUUUUUAAGCAUUGCACCUGCAGCAGCUGCAUUUGGGGAAUGGAUCGCUUUUUUUUUUUUGGGAGGGGGAGGGGGGGGAGAGGAAGGUGGUGUUGGGAUGGUGGUGUUGUGGUGGGGGGGGGAAGGGGAAGGAAAGGUAAGACUCCACCAGGAGCCAGCUUUCCUCAUCAUCAAGGUGUAGUUUGCAGCCUGUUGCCGCAAACUACAGUGUGCAUGCCGGCGAGUGCUUAUCUUUGCCGCUGGACUUCAUUGUUUCUUUCAAAUCUUGGUCCUCUUCUGGUUCAGUGGGAUUUUUAAAAGGGUCUCGUUGUUUCGGUCAUGAGCUUCUUGUGUGCAUGGAGGCGGUGCAGUGAUCAGCGGCAUGGGAGAACCGUCAAGGUUCUCUCUCCCUCCCUCACGACGUCAGUAGCUGCCGCUCUCUACGCUGUUCGUGACGUAAAGGCUCAGCCAUCUCCUCAGGCCGUGAAUGCCGCAUUCCAGAAUUAAAAUGCAAUGGCGAACGUCUCGUGCACGGAGGUGCAGUGGUUGCCGACUGGAGUGAAAAGGGUCAACCGCAACUUAAAGCUCCGGCAGGAGGUUUUCCCCCGGGGCGGCAGGAGCUAAAAAAUGAUACGCGCAACGUAAAGCUCGGGCAUCUUCCGUACCGUAUUCACAACGAAAAGGCUCGGACGUCCCCUGAGGAGGAGAAUGCGAUGUUCAUAAUUCGGAGACUAGUGGCCUCAAGGCUCAAAGAUGGACUCGCGACCCAAAGAUGGACGUACGGUUCGAAUACAUGCGGAGACGUUCGGCCUCGAGGAUUUGAGGAUGUAAGAUUUGUGAAAUUCCUCGGGACGAGAACGGCUCUGAAAGAGGCGUUCGAUGGAUUCUCUGGAACGACGGGCCUCGCUCGACUACUCUCCAAACACGCAAAAUGAAAAUGAAUCCUUGCACUAGGACAUGGAAAGAUACACCGUCAUAUUUUUUGUCUUGUGGGUGUGUAGAGAGUAGAGCGGAGCGAGGCCCAACGAUACCUGACGACCCAGGGCGCAAAGAUCAUGUCAGGACAAGGAGUCAGGGAAGUAUGCUGGGCUGGGGACUGGAGAGAGGGGAACCUGAGCUCUCAGGGCUUCGGGUUUGCUGGUGAAGCGUCUGAGGACUCAGCGCACUCGUAGAGGGGUGGGCGGGGAAUUUCCCGUGCAAGAGGGGUUGGGGGAACCCCUCCGACACUCCACCGGAUUCCGGGACCUCGGCAGUUGUCGUCUCUUUUUCAGGGAAACUCUCGGAAAUCGGGACUUGGUGAUAUUCUGAGAACUAGGGGAGGAGAGGACUGAGGAGGUGAAAGAGUCAGGUCUCAGGGACUCAGACUUGAGAAGGUUUCAGACAUCAGGACGCAGGCCUCAGGUGGUUGGACUCAGGGAGUCGAAUACUCGUGUGCAACGGCUGAGACCCAAGAAAGGUAUAGUCUGACCCAAAAAGAAGUAAAAAAAAGAGACCCAAGCAGAUCUUAGGCUUUGGGACCCGGGGACUCAGGGACUCAGGGACUAAGGGAAACUCGAGGACAAAGAAAGGUUCAGGCCCAAGACGGGCUAGUCUGACUGUCUGAGACCUUAAAGUUCUCAGAGGAAUCCCUGAGAACUCAGGUCUUCAACAUCUGGACUCAAAAGGCAGGUCUCAGAAGUUUGGACUCAGUCAGUGAAUCAAAGACAGACUCAGCCCCAAGAAGGAAAAGCCCGAGAGGCGGUGAGAGCUGAGUUCUCAGGGAAAUCCUGCGAACUCAGGCGUCAGACGUCAGAAGUCAAAGCUCAGGUCUCAAAAUUUUUGACUCGGUGGAUCGAAGACUCGCACCCAAGAAGGAAGGAAAAGUCCGAGAGUUGAACUCUCAGGGAAAUCCUGAGAACACAGGCGUCAGACGUCAGACGUCAGGACUUGAAAGCUCAGGUCUCCAACCCCAGCACUCGGUACGCGGGUCACGGAACUCAGAGAUGAGAAGAUCAGGACUGAGACCGGAGUUCUGAGGGACAUCGUACGUAGUCAAUGCUGAGGACUCAAAAGACUCAAAAGACUGAAAAGACUCGAAAGACUGAAAAGACUGAAAAGACUCAGGACCCAGGGAGUUGCUCAGCAGCUGCUUUAUUCUCUUCAGGGACUUCUCAUGACUUUUCACCAGUCAGUCUGCCACAGGUUUAAGAACUCUGUGGGUUUGAGUUUUUUUUUUUUUUCAAGGAAGUGCGGCGGCAGUGUUUGCGAUGGCAGAGUCGAUCAAGCAAGGAGUUUGCGGCGGGGUGAGGAUAUUGACUUUGGGGUGGGGCGGGAUAUUGAGUGCGGUGGCGGGCAAUUCAGGACUCAGUGUGUGAGGUUCUUUGAUAGAGUUGUGUAGGUUAACUUGCAUCCAGGUGCAUGCACAUAAACUGCCUUUUCUUCUUCUUUUUCUUCUUCUUCUUCUUUAUGUUUUUUUUCUUUUUUCUUCUUCGUCUUCUUUCUUCUCCGUCUUCUUUUUUCUUUCUCUUCUUUUUUGAACUUUUUUCUUCUUUUUGAUUUAAUCCAGUUUUGGGAGAGUGGCAAAUGCCAGUUGAAGACGUCUUACUUCAUUUUUUAUGUGGAUAGUAAAUAGGGUAUAUAGCU